UUGUACAUGGUUCCUGUGUUCAAGGUGUUGAGGAGGAAUGGACUGUAACUGCGUGAGCGAUCUGCUGCUUCCGCCUGUGCCAACCCUGUGGACGCCAGGUUUGACAAAAAGCAUCGCCUUCCCAGACUGGGCCUACAAGCCCGAGUCGAGCCCCGGGUCCCGGCAGAUCCAGCUGUGGCACUUCAUCCUAGAGCUGCUGCAGAAGGAGGAGUACCAUGGGGUCAUCGCCUGGCAGGGCGACUACGGGGAGUUCGUCAUCAAGGACCCAGACGAGGUGGCCCGCCUCUGGGGGAUCCGGAAAUGCAAACCUCACAUGAACUACGACAAGCUGAGCAGGGCUCUGAGGUACUACUACAACAAGCGCAUCCUUCACAAGACGAAGGGCAAGCGCUUCACCUACAAGUUUAACUUCAGCAAAGUGGUGCUGGUCAACUACCCACUGCUGGACAUGGCAAACUCCCCCUUCCUGCUGGCCCAGAACCACUUCACUAACGGGAGCUCCACAGCUCCCGACUGCAGCCCGGAGGCGCUGCAGUCUCUGUUCCCCCGCCUGCCGGACUCAGGGCGGGUGGCGUCCCUAUUCGACCGCGGGGCCACGGCCCCCAGCCCAGAGGGGGACAAGCUCAGGCUGGACGCCUUCCCCUUCCUCAGCUCAGGUGCUCCGUGCUACUCCAAGCCCCCCUCUCUACUGGGGCCCUACCCCCGAAGCCCCCCCUUCGACUAUCCAUGGGGCUUCAACCCCUACCUCCCAGGGGCCUUCUCUCUCAACAACUGCCCCAAACUGCCCCCCGGCUCCCUCUACCCCUCCCACUUCUACCCCAACCCGCUGCAGAGCAGUCUCUCCGGGCUGCCGCACCCCUUCUCCUCCCUACUGCACCCGGGUGGCGAUGCGGGCGACAGGGCCGGCACGGGGCCAGCGGGGGCCACCAAUGGCACGGUGGGGGGCCCGGCAGCCAGGCUGGGGCUUCCUCCGUACCCGGUCAGCAUGUCCAUGGGCCGGACCGACCUGCUCAGCGGGGCGGGGCUCGGAGCUCGGGAGGGCUCCCCUCCCGGUGUGGGGGGGCUGGGCAUCGGGCUGGGCCUGGCGGCCGGACCCCCGGGGACGCGCCCCCAGAGCCCCUCAGAGCGGAGGGGAGGGGUGAAGCAGGACCCGGAGUCGGACUCUGACCUGGAGAUCACGGACCUGAGCGACUGCAGCUCGGACAACGAGAACGACCACGAGUUCAGCAAGGCGGCCAGGAGCCGCUCGCAGAUCAUUUUGGAGGGAAAGAAAGGGGGCAUGCUGCCACCCCUGUCCUCCUCCCUCCCGCCUCCCAUGUCUCCCCACCCCCUGAAGAGCUUGGUGCCCCUCACUCCUCCUCGGCCCUCCCUCCCCCCCUCCCUCUCCCCCUCCUUGGCUUUGCAUGAGCGGCACAGGGAGACGGAGACGCUGAAAAUGAUCCACAGCUAAUAAAGCAUCACCGGCCUCCUCCAUGCUCCUCGUCAGUCUCUAUACUUCUCUUUAUCUCUCCUUUCAUUGCUUCUACAUAGAGUUGUGCUUUUAAUUUAUUAAUUUAUUGUUUAUUUUGAAUUGCCCCACUAAUCAAACCACUGCGUCUCCAAUUCUGAACCUUUUCCACUAAAGAAAGUUUAGUUUCUUUUUCUGAAUGGUUCUUUUUUCUAUCAAGCUUUUUUCAUUUGCAAACAGGACAAUAUCGUAUUGACUUGUCCACUGCCAUUAACAGCGGGGAAUUCUGUGUGUGUAUGGUAUCAGGCUGCCAACGACAAUUGUGUCCAACUUCGCUUUCUGUACAUUGUUCUAUGGUUUGCUGACUUGUUUAAAGCAUUGCCAGCAGCCCUUUUCAAUUCCCUGUGCAGCGGUGCAUUAGUGGGGAAAGGUAGCGAGGUGGUAAAAUACCUGCUUUAACAAACAUUAACAACCUACUUAUACAAAAGGAACUGAAUAACAAAUAGUGCUCCAAAUCGACCCAAUUUCAUAGAUUUUGCCCUGUGAUCCCUGAUAUUUAGAAUGUUUUAUUUUAAAGACACAGUCAAACAUUGCCACCUAGUGGUAGAGAUCCGACUGUCUCGUCAGUUGAAUUGCUGAUCUUGUGCGUGAGAUUUUAGACCCAGUCCAUUUUUGCACUGACUUGUUACUUUAAUCCGUUUUUUUGUGUGAAUUAUUCAAAUGGUUCAAACCCAUAUUUAUUUCAGUGUAUACAUGUAGUAGUGAGUUUUUAUUUUGUUGUGCGUGGAAGUAUUUCCUACGUAUUUUAUAAAAGGAAAGAAAAAGAGCAGUGGGAGCUUGGCUAAUCUAAAAUUUGUAUGAAUAUUUGUGUAUAUAUUUUACUAUGGUGUAUAUAUAUUCACUGUAAUAUUCACUAUUCUAAGAUGUUACUGUAUUGUUGUGAUUUAAUUCAAUAUUUAAAAAAAGUUGCCUAGGUAUGUCAAAGAUGAAUUUAUUAAUGGCAGAAAAUCUGUGUUCUGGAAAUGUUUUGCUAUGUUAAGGACUGAGUUUGCAAUGGGAAUUGUCUUGGAAUUUCUCAACCCCAAUUAACUGUGCCCUUUGGUCAUUUUUCUAGAUGCCCUCUGUACAAAACCCUUUGGGUUUAAAAUAUGCCGGUGGACUUAUUUUUUAUAGUUAUAAUUCACCCAGUGUAACUGUACUGUAAUUAGUCAAAUGUGAUAAAUAUUGGUCUAUGUAUUUCUUUUUCCUUCCAACACCUGCCCUGAAAACCCAUGUUGAUUAUUCUCUAAUCAAUGAGUUCUGUCCAUUCCAGCAGUGGAGAAAAGGGUAUUUGCAUAAAGACAUUAAAAAUGGGAAACAAAAGGAUAAUUAAAAAUAAAAUCUUUAUCAGAUAUAAUCAGAACGAAACGAGCAACAAACAAAUGUCCUUUCAGGUGCCCUGUUUCUUCUUACACAGAGUGCAAUACUUCCACAUAUUGUACAGCGUUAUAACCUAGGCCUACAGUUUGUUAAGCAGUAGCGCUAUACUAUUAGUUGUUAAAGCUUUAUUGUAAAGUUAAUGUAAAGCUCUAUGUUUGUUAAGUUGCAGCAGGACAAGCCCUGGGUCAUGGCUGUAUGGAGUACACUAGCAGCUGUAAAUACUGUUUCCUUUGUGUGUGUGUGUGUGUGUGUGUGUGUGUGUGUACACAUCCAAAAUGACCUUGCAGUGGUUUUUACCUGUCACUUUUGUUUGUUUCACUGUAAUGAGGAAAAUUGAAGCGAGCAAAAUAGGAAGAAAAGAUUCAUAUCUUUCAAAAAGCAAUAAACAUUGUCGCAGAGAGUCGUGA